GCCCACAAUUCUAUCUUAAACAUUCAUAUUUAAACAAAACAAAGAAUAAUUUCAUACGGUAGCAAGCAAAGUUUAGAAAAUAGAAAUACCGGCAACAGCAAGAGAUAGCUGAAUCUGAAGAAAAAUUUAUAUUGGAUUGUUUUGAAUCAUAGUUUUUUUCAGUUUCAUAGUUAUUAUUAAAAAUGUUUCCUUGGGCUUUAUUGGAACGUAAAAAAAUGAAUUUUGCUAGAAUGGCUCUCCUUGUAGAUUGUUUGAAAAGGUGGAAAAGUUCACAACAAUGGCUAAGUCGUCAAAGAGCAGACCAUUAUGUCGAAAAGGCCAAAAUGUACAAUUACAGAUGUAGAAGUGCUUUUAAAUUGCUGGAAAUUAAUGACAAGACCAAUAUCCUACAACCUGGACUAACUGUUAUCGAUCUUGGUGCUUCCCCCGGAUCAUGGACCCAGGUUGCUGUACAAAAAACAAAUUCUGAUGGAGCAGAUGAGAGCAAACCAAAAGGGAAAGUACUAUCUAUUGAUAAACUACAAAUAUUUCCUAUUGAAGGAGCUACAAUUAUGAGUAACCUGGACUUUUCUACUGUGGAAGCACAUACUAAGGUUAUUCAAUUAAUAGGUGACAGCAAAGUAGAUAUUGUCCUUUCAGAUAUGGCACCUAGUGCUACUGGUGUCAGAGAACUUGAUAAAGACCGAAUUAUAGGUCUUUGCUAUAUGGCUAUUAGAUUUGCUGCAUUAGUGACAAAGGUUGAUGGCAAUCUAUUAAUCAAAGUUUGGGAUGGAAAAGAAGUGCCCAUAUUAGAAAUGGAUUUGGAAAGGUUUUAUAAAAGCAUUAAAAUUUUGAAACCAAAUGCAAGUAGGUCUGAUUCAUCUGAGAAAUUUAUUCUUGCUAGGGGCUUUAAGGGUAUAGAAAGACCUCUUAAAAAUGGCCGCUGGGGUUAAGAAGCUUG